CCGCACAAUAAUGCACGAUAUAUCAUGUAUCACAAUAUGAUAUAGAAUGCUUGGAAUGUUGAUGUUGUGAUGUUCGUGAGAAAUCCAGUUCUGAAGAUUCAUCUUUCAAAGCAACGAAGGGAGGGCAGCCGCUUCGUCUUUUCACUUCGUGAUGGGCAUCUCACCGUCAAAGCCCUCGGAGGAGGAGCUGGAGACCCUCAAAGAUGACAUUGAUGCCUGUUGCCACGAAGUCGCCGAAGCGCUCAAGCGCGCCGAUGUGCUCUUGCUCUGUGCGGGCGCAGGCUUCUCCGCUGAUUCCGGGCUUCCAACCUACGAGGAGAUCGCCAAUGUCAAGAUCUAUCAGGAUUUGGGCCUGAAAUAUGACGACAUUUGCCGGCCGGAGUGGAUGACCCACGAUCCAGAGAUCUUCUAUGGCUUCUGGGGCUCCUGUUACAACGAUUACCGGGACACCCAGCCUCAUGAGGGCUACAGCAUCCUCCGCAGCUGGCGCGACGCGCGCUUCAACACCCCAACGCAUCGCGUCUCGAAGUUGAUCCGAGUGUCCUUGGAGCAGGAAAUGGCUGCCAUACCGAGUGCCGAGCGGAAACCCGAAGCCUAUGAAGUGCAAGGCCAAGCGGGCGCCUUCUUCGUGUACACCUCCAAUGUGGAUGCACACUUUCAUGACUUCUUCGAGCCCUAUGAGG